CUGAACUGACAGAACCAUAUAUAAUGUACUCUGUGGUUAGAAGUAGAACCAACUUUAAAAGUCAUAAAUUUUGCAAACCACCCGACAAGCCACCCGAACUGAAGAAUUAAAAUAAAUGUACCUGGUUAAUGAUUCUUGUUGCAAAAAUUAACAGAACAUAUUAAAAUUGGAUUGAAUUUUUAGUAUUAUAUAAAUAAGUUAUACUACUGGUGCUUUUAUAAUCAUUGAUUUUGCUUUAUAUUGUACCAUCUGACAAUUUUUGUGUAUGUUCAAAAAAAUCUUUAAUAGAGAACUAAUUCUAGAACUGUUGAAUAUAAUUGAGAGACCUAUGUCGAAAACAAAAGAUAUCGCUUGUAACAUAUGCGUUAAUCACGGAAAUGAAGUAUACAAUGGAGAGAAAAUGAUUGCUCCAGCAGCAUCGAGGAACAAAGAUCCUAUACUACAAGUUUUAAAACGAUUUAUCAUAUGUGAUAUUGACCAAAUUGAGGAUGAAAGCCCUUUAUUUCUCGAAAUAUCUUCAGGCACUGGUCAGCAUGUAGCACAUUUUGCUCCUCAUUUUCCAGGAGUAAAAUUUCAACCAUCCGAAGUUGAUAAAAAUGUUCUUGGAAGCUUAACCUUCUAUGCUACAAACUGCCCCACACAAAAUAUUUUAAAACCUAUGAUAAUUGAUAUUCAGCACAAACUAUCAUAUUAUGGUUUUGAUGAAAACUCAAUUGAUUAUAUGUAUAAUUCUAAUAUGAUUCAUAUUACUCCGUUUGAAUGCACUAUUGGCUUAUUUGAAAACGCUGGAAACUAUUUAAAACCAGAAGCUUUAAUGAUUACUUAUGGACCUUAUAGUAAGGACGGGGUGAUAACACCACAAAGUAAUAUUGAUUUUGAUGCUUCUUUAAAAGCAAGAAAUCCUUUGUGGGGUAUAAGAGACAUAAAUGAUUUAAUAAAAUUAGGAGAUGAAAAUAACUUAUCAUUAAUAGAUACAGUAGAAAUGCCUGCAAACAACAUGACAUUGAUAUGGAAAAAAGAUUAAGCAGAUGUGACAUUUUACAACAAUACCAUUGUUAUUCAUCUUUGCUUAUAACCACCAAAAUGUUGUGUUCUUUAUUAUUUUAAAUUAAUUUAUGUAGGAAAAAAAUGCUAAAUACUUCAUAAGGUCUAAGCUUUUUACAAUUUAACCUGGGUUAUCAUUAAUAGAAAUUUAUUAUUAUAUAAUAUUGAAUUAAUUAAUAA